UAUACUAUAUGAUAAAAUAUUUAAUAAGUAAAAUACAUGAAUAUAAUUUGGUAAAAUAUUUCUCAGGACAUAAAGCAUAUCCUCUCAUUGGAAAUAUACAUGUACUUCUUAGUGAGCCUAAAGAUAUAACAAAUACAAUUCUAAAAGAAAUGGAAAACUAUCCAUUACCAUGGCGUAUUUGGUCAGGAACAAAAUUAUGUAUAAUUUCGGAUGAUCCGGAACAUAUUGAUAUUAUUUCUAAACACUCGAGUUCUUUUGAGAAAAGUUUCCAAUAUAACUUUGUGAAACCUUAUAUAGGCAAUGGUUUGAUAGCUGCUUCAGCGUCAAUAUGGGAAAGUCAUCGACAAAUGUUAAAUCCAAUAUUCAAAGUAAACAUUUUUUCUAACCAAAUGAGCAAGAUAAUAAAACAUUCAAACCGAUUAACGAGAAUUAUUGAAAAUCUUAAUGAAAAAGAAAUAGACGUACACCAUUACAUACAUCUUUUUAGUUUGGAUACGAUAUAUGAUACAAUUUUGGGCCGGGAUUUUAAUUUCCAAAAUAAUCCAAAAUGUAGACUUCAUAACGAUAUUUCAGAAUUAUUAAACACAACGACCAAAAGGGUCUACAAAUUCUGGUUGCAUCCGGAUAUUAUUUUCUACAAUUUACCUAUAGGAAAAAGAUUUCGGGAAGCUUUAUCACACUUGGAUACAUUAACCUGGAAGAUAAUAAAGGAACGAAAAGAAUCCAUGCAAGAAAAGAAAAUUAAUGGCGAAAUGAAAGAAAAAGAUGCAACAAACAAUACUUCUCUAUUUCUUGACACGAUAUUCAAAUCAUUCUAUGAGAGAAAAGAAUAUACGGAACAUGAUAUUCGAGACGAAAUAAAUACAAUAGUUAUUACUGGAAGUGAUACAACUGCUUUUUCAAUUACUUUUGUGUUGUUAAUGUUGGCUAUUUAUCCAAAAAUUCAAGAACAAGUAUACGAGGAGCUCAACCAAAUAUAUGGUUCUUUCGAUCCGAUAGAUAAAAAUCUUUCAUAUGAAGAUACUAAGAAUAUGAAAUGUUUGGAAAGAGUGAUCAAAGAGACUCUUCGUCUUUUCCCUGCUGCUCCUUUUAUGGCACGAAAUAUAUGCGAAGAUAUACAAGUAAGCGAGGAUGUAAUAAUACCAAAAAAUUCUGCUUAUAUGUUCAUGCUUUAUUCACUUCAUCGAAACGAAAAAUAUUGGAAAAAUCCUUUACAAUUUAAUCCUGAUAGAUUUUUACCUGGCAAUUACAAUACUAAACAUUUUUUACCAUUCUCCACUGGACCAAGAGGAUGUAUUGGUUGGAAAUUUGCUAUGAUGGAAAUGGAAGCUGCAAUUGCUACUAUAUUGAGAAAAUUUUCUGUUCAUGUAGAUGGCCCAAUAAAAUGUGAAGACAUAGCUAUACAAUUGGGUGUAUCAAUGAAACCUGUGAAUAAGAUUUUGUUAAAGUUUAAGAAGAGAUAAUAUUUAUUAUUAUUGUUGUUAAUAUUUUUUUAAUCUUUUUAAAAAUUCUUUUCAAAUAAGCUGUCUGAAAACACUUCUUAUAAUUCAAGCAAUUGAUAAAAACUAAACGGAAUAUAUACACUUACUGUAAUAUUUACAAAAUCUAGAAAAUGUGACGUUACAAUAGAACAUGAGAACAUUUAGUAUAAUAAAAUUUACUUAGAAUAACAUCUCUACGUGCAAAAGUAAUCAGACAAUAAAAGUGUAAAAAGA